AUGGAGAAUAUGAAUCUGUUGCCCUUAACAAUGCAACAAGCCGGGCUGGUGAAACUAUCUGAAUCUGUUGCCGUAAACAUUGCAACAUCUGAGUUGGAGAAGGAUUCUGAACCUGUUGACUUGAGCAAUGCAACAAAUGAGCAAGAGCAUCAUGUUUUUGAGACUAGACUAGAAAGGGAAAGACUUCAUCAUCAAUUGGACUCUAGUGCUAUAAAUGUUGCAGCAGGAAGCAAAGAUGUACUUUCCUCGGAGAGUCUCAUUUCAGAAAAUGAUUUUGCCCCCUUGAAUGUUGUCGUUGCUGAAGACAUACCUGUCCUCCCUAGUGGUGUUGUUGUUCACGAUUUAACUUCUGAUGAGAAGGUGGACAAGGAUAAUCGGUUAAAGAAAAGGAAACGUCUUGCAUUGCCGACAACUGUACCAGCAAGAAAAUCUCCAAGGCUUGCACGAAUGCGUGAUGAAAGCAUUCCUCAAUGUUCAGAUUCAAUUCUGAAAACCAAGAAUAUUACAAAAUCUUCAGUUUGUACUAAGUCUGCAAGUAGGCAAGAUGGGAAAACAGUUACCAGUGCCAUUCCAAUAUCUCCUUCUGCUACAAAAUCGCCGACAGUAAAAGAUGGCAAUUCAAAAGACAGUGCAAUCCCUAUCUCUCCAACUGUUGUUGAUGCUCAGACUCCAAAAUCUUUCACUGGAACCAACACUUGCAGGUCCAUUGUUGUUUCUCCUGUACAACAGCAACAUCAUCAUCUACCAAGUGAUAUUUCUGGAAGCAAAUGCAGAAUAUCUCCUCUUGUGCAUGCAAAUCUUGGUGGUUAUGGGUUAGAGCAGCAUCCCCCUAUUAGAGUCUCAGAAGAUAUCAUACAUGCUGUUAGGAAUCUUUCUGAAUCUGUCAAGAAAUCUGGGAUACUUUCAAGAUUUGUUGGGUUGGAUAGUAUUACUGCUACACGGCCUUUACGUAAAAGAAAACGGGUUGAUAAAGGAACUUCAUCACUUGGUGAAAAGAAAUAUAGUCAUCCUGAUGACGAUGUAGCUGCUGAUUUUGUGUUGAAUGUUGCUCCUCUAUCUUGGUCAAAUCCUGAAGCUGAAACUGCUGGAAACACAUCAAGCGAUGUUGAUUUUGAAGAAUUCACCUUAUCUGAGGAGGUUCAGCAAGUAAUGGAAGGAAACAUUACUCACCUAAGUGAAAAGGGAGUUAAAGAGCUUGCAAAGUAUGAGAAGGCAUCUAAAGCCUUCUUAGAAAGGCAGCGAGCAUUGAAAUCAGCUGCUGAACCUACUGUUACACAACAUGGAAAUUACAUCCAAAGCGUAACACCAAAGGUUCAGCCACAUAAAGUGAGAGUCAAGAAGUCGUCACACUUCAUGCAGUCACCUUUUGACAGUGCAAUUAAAGUGACAGCUGAACAAGAAGAAAUUUACCAGCUUAUCAUGCUGAGCAACAAGCAUCAAAGACCAGUGAAAUCAAAUAUCAGAAAGUACCAAAUCAUCAAAUACCAAGAUAGCUGGGCUCACACAAGUGAUUUAGCCGAUUCUAUACAUGGUAGAGGUGAAUUGUCUAAUCACUGUAUGGAAGUUGGCAUUGAGUACCUGCGGCGCACUAACACUGUUGAAGGGAAGGUGAUAGUCCCAUUUCAAACAUCCCUUUUCCUGAUGAAUGGUGAAUUUGAGAAGAAAGCUGUUGUGUCUCUGUUCAAAAGAACCUCAGAUUAUUCACUUAGUGUGAUGAAGCAGGUUACUUUUGUUGUUUUUGAAGAAAUAUCAAGAGGAAAUAAAGAAGGAAAUCACUGGAUCAAGUAUAUAUGGAAGGUGCACUAUAGUACAUCCAAGAUUCAGAUUGAGAACUGGGAAAUAAAAGUUAUUGAUGUUCCCAUGCAGGAAACAAAGUACGUCACGCAUCUUUGA